UAUCAGCUGGCUUUGCCGGUAUAAGAAGCAGCAAGAUAACAAAUAUUGAAAAAAGAAAGGUCCGGUCUCCUCUAUGUUGUAAGAGGUGACGAAAAUUCGUGGUCAACGCAAACACAAUUAAAUUAAAUAUGAACGCUUUGCGGCACACAAUAUCGCUGCUCUCGCUGAGCAGCUUCCAGCUGGGCAGGCGCAUGAGGAGUCAGCAUUUUCGGGGCUUUUUGCUUGGCACCGGACUAGGCCUCUCGACCUUUGCAACGGUCACGUACGCACAAGCAGAGGCCGCAAAGGUCAAUCGCAAGUUAAACACAUCCAAAUUCAUGGCCGAACCUAUUACUGAUGCCAACACGCUGCUCGAGGAUGCGGAUGAGAAUAUGCGACAUCGCAUGGAACUAAUGAUAAUGGAGAUUCAAGCGGAAUUCUGCCGUGCCCUGGAAUCUGAAGAGUUCAGCGGCCAGAAAUUCAAAGUGGAUCGCUGGAUGCGCAAAGAGGGUGGCGGUGGUGUCACCUGUGUGCUUCAGGAUGGCGAUGUUUUCGAGAAAGCGGGCGUCAAUGUCUCUGUGGUCACAGGAAGCCUGCCACCUGCUGCAGUGCAGCAGAUGCGUGCCCGAGGCAAGGCGUUGACGGAGAACGUGAAGCUGCCCUUCUUUGCCAGCGGUGUCAGCGCUGUGAUCCAUCCACGUAAUCCUCAUGUGCCCACGAUACACUUUAACUAUCGCUACUUUGAGGUGCAGUUGCCCGAUGGCAGCAAACAAUGGUGGUUUGGCGGUGGCACCGAUCUAACACCUUAUUAUCUGGACGAAGCGGAUGCGCGUCACUUUCACAAGACUCUGAAGGCGGCCUGCGAUGAACACGAUGUCAGCUAUUAUCCCAAGUUCAAGAAAUGGUGCGAUGAUUACUUUCACAUCAAGCAUCGCAAUGAAAGUCGCGGCAUUGGCGGCAUCUUCUUCGAUGACAUCGACGAACCCAGCCAACAGGAAGCCUUCAACUUUGUGAAGAGCUGUGCGAAAGCGGUGACGCCUUCGUAUUUGCCCCUGGUCCAGAAGCACAAGAAUGCAGCCUAUGGCGACAAGGAGCGGCAAUGGCAAUUGCUGCGACGCGGUCGCUAUGUGGAGUUCAACUUGAUCUAUGAUCGGGGCACAAAGUUUGGCCUUUAUACGCCUGGAGCACGCUACGAGAGCAUCCUCAUGUCUUUGCCCCUGCACGCCAGGUGGGAAUAUAUGCAUGAACCACAGGCCAAGUCCAAGGAGAACGCCUUGCUGCAAGUGCUGCAAAAUCCCAAGGAGUGGGUCUAAACUAUGCCGACCAUGACAAUUGAAUGGUUUACUAAUUGUAUUUAUUUUUAAUAGUGGGGAAUACGGUGCCUUUUCAUCAAUACUUAAAUUUGUAAAUAACUCUUGUUUUCAAGC